UCAUCCUGGCCUGUUUGGCAAACUUUCACUGAAAAACACACACGCACAAAAUUGCACGACGCAUCCGGCAUUUUGCGUGUCUGUUAUUGUCAGUUGAAAGCAAAUUGAAGUAAACAAAGGGUCAAGGGUUGGUUCGAGGAAGAAAGUUGCAUUGUACUGUCAAUAUUACCGAUCGCUUCGGUACGUCUGACAGGUGUGCUCAGUGUAUUUGAAUGCCAUCAAAUUAUCAAAAACCGGUUGUGUGCGUUCGAAACAAAAGAGUUCUAGUUUACGGAGUUCCCUUCGCACACAGCACGACAAUAGAAAUAGACGCAAUCGGCGCGAGGGCGAAAGUAUUGGUGCCGGUGUGAGUAAUAUAUGGAGAGUGAAAGAGAGAGAAAGAGGAGGACACGCUGCUGCACACCUGUAGCAGUUCUAUGUCUUGUGUACUACAGUCGCAGAAGAACGAGAUGGCAGACGCAGCGAGCUAAACAAUUCACCGCAGUCCGUGUUCUGUGCGCUUUGUAAAGGGAAGAACAACAUAAAGGAAUGGGCAAGCCCUGGGAAAGGAAUGCUCAAGUGUCGCACCAGUCCCCGGUGCGCCCCGAAGUAAAGCACGCGAUCGACGCUAAACACAUACGCGCCCAAGCGGUUGGUGUGAUUCAUCCCUCAUCUGUUGUGGGGUAGAUGGAGUAGCGAAAAAGGCCGAGAAAAUCCAACCAUUCUCGACCGUUUGUGUGGAAAGUGUAGAGCAUUUAAGAGUGUACCGUGGGCGCCGAUGCGAUCGUCAAGUAAGUCGAUCACACGCACCCGCUAAACGGGGAAGGAAAAUCCCUAAAGCGAGCAUAAAAAAAAAUAACGCCAGUGAGUGAAACGAAACGAAAAGAGAGGAAAAAUCUCCGCGCGCUCGCACGUCAACCCCGAGAAGAGGAAAUAGAAAUCGUUGCGUGCUGCGUGUGGCUUAUGCUGCUGAUGAUCUAUUACAGUGCGUUUGUGUGUCUGUGUGUGUGCGUGCGUGUGUAAUUGUGCUGUAUUGUCGCGAUUCCGUCCGGUUUUCCCCAUCCCUGCUCGAUCUGUGUCACGCGUGAAGUGAAAAGUCGCCCGCGCAACUAAAAGAAAAUAGCAAGAAAAUACAAGCGCCUUCCCGACAACCAUCGCUACUCCAGCGUUUAAGGAGUAGGACGUGUGGUUGAUAGUUUGUGAUAGUGUGUUAGAUUAGUUUUUGCUUAAAAGAGUACCCCACAGUGCGUGCGGAACCGGAUUGAAGGGCCGGGAAAAUAGAGCAGUGGCAAAGAAAAACAAGUAUUGACCAAAAAUGUGCAGCCUACUUUCGCUGGUUGCGUUCGGGUUGGUCCUGCUGGCCGUCCCGGGGCUGGCCGGAACUCGGCCCCAGGAGGUCCGGAUCAACAAAUGCUGCCGGCUGGGUGAGUUCUACAACGUGGCCGAGCGGCAGUGUGUGGCGGGCGGUAUAGCCAAAUGGGUGCCACGCAUCUUCCUCCCCGCCAAGGGUCAACUGUACAAGGAUCUCGGUUCGGCACCACCGUUCAUGAAGUUUGCCGAACAGCAGCAACCGGACACCUGCCCCCGGCCGAACGUGUACGCCGUCGAUCUGGUCACGCUGAUGGGCAAUGGGUCACUGUUCCUCAACCAAAAGCACGUGCUGGUGCCCGUACCGGACUACUGCAUCGAUGAGAAGGUGGCCCUGGUAUGUCCGGAACGUCCGACAGAACUCCCGGCAGCCGACGGUACGAACGGCGGUGGUCAGAUGGAUUCCCUUCAGGCGCCAGAAAAGACGAGCGUUGUGUUGCGCUGCUGCGGUUCCAACUUUGCGUACGAUCGGGGCAAUCGGACCUGCUCCAAGUUGCCGCGCGGCCACGAGCUGUACGAUUCGCGCAUCGUAAACUCCCCGUACGUGGAGCUGAGCUACGGAUUUCCGGCUUGCAAGGAGCACGCGAUCGCGGGCGCUUUCGAGGAGUCCCGGCUGCAGGAACAAACCGGCUCGGUAACGACCGACUCCGGCAAGAUCUUUGCGUCGGGCGAGUUCUGCCUGGAGCAUGUGCGGGACGACGAUCGGACGGUGUACGUGUUCACGUGCUCCGAGCACUUCCAGCCGGCUUCGGUGCCGAUUGCGAAGCAGGACGGCCGGUUGGUCCUCUACUCGGCCGGGCUGCUCAUCUCGACCAUCUUUCUGGCGGCGACGCUCGCCACCGGUCUGCUCGUACCGUCCCAGCAUCACGUGCUGCACUGGCGCUGCCAGACGCACUACGUCGCCUGCCUGCUCGUGGGCGAUCUGCUCCUUGCCAUCACUCAACUUUCCGGCAACUCCAUCACCGGACCGGCCUGCACACUGAUAGCAAUCUCCAUGCAUUUCUUCUUCCUGGCUGCGUUCUUCUGGCUCAACACGAUGUGCUUCAAUAUCUGGUGGACUUUCCGUGAUCUACGGCCAACGUCACUGGAGAAAAGCCAGGAAAUCUGUCGGCUGCGCAUCUACGAGGUGUACGCGUGGGGUGGCCCGCUGGUCUUUGCCGGCGUGGCGGCGAUUCUAGACAACCUGCCGGACAGCAACGAUACGUACUUGAGGCCACGCUUUGGUGAAGCAAAAUGCUGGUUCUACGGUAAUAUGGAAAUGCUGACCUACUUCUUCGGCCCGAUCGGCAUCCUGCUCGGCAUCAAUCUGCUACUGUUCGCCUCGACCGCCCGCCAGCUGACCUGUGGCCUAUGGAAGCGGGACGAUGUCAAGUCUACGACGGAACGCCGCGGUUUGGUUUCUUCUCCCUCUUACAGUGCCGCGCUGGGGCGCGUCUGCCUCAAGCUGGUGGUCGUGAUGGGUGUCACCUGGGUGGCGGACGUCAUCUCCUGGGCCGUCGGCGGCCCGAACUACAUCUGGAUCGUGACCGAUCUGAUCAACGCGCUGCAGGGCGUCUUCAUCUUUAUCGUCGUCGGCUGUCAACCGCAGGUCUGGGCCGCCAUGAAGCGCUUGUGGAACUCGAAAACGGGCCGCUCGUUCACGAACACCACGCACGGUCCGCAGCACUCCAGCUCGUCGCACGGGCUGCCCUCGAUGGGCGAAUCGAUCACGAACAACACCUGCACGAACAACACGACCACCACCACCUCCAACCGGGUGCCGAUGGAAACGGUCUGCUGAGCUGUCCCGGGGCCUGUGGGUAAGGGUACACCACUGCACAUAAUCUGCCAACCUGAGGGUUGGCAACACGGAGACGGAUUGAUGCGGGGAUCACACAGCUAAGCGGA